AUUUACGAACGUUUGGUGAUCCAGAUUGUAAACAGCUGUCAAAAAAUUGAUGUUAUUUCGUAACUUUCUAACCGUCUUUGCAUCUAAAAGACUUACAAAGCUAGUUACAUUCACCAGUGUUAUACCAAGGUAUCAAGCAAUGAGUACGGUUAACCAAGCACAGAUCAAGCAUUGCUUGUCCAAUGAUGAAAUAGUGAAAUCUGAAGGUGAUGAUCGAGAAUACAGAGCCCUGGAACUGACCAAUGGAAUGAGAGUUUUCCUCAUAAGUGACCCGAAUACAGACAAGUCUUCGGCGGCCAUGGAUGUUUAUGUUGGUCACAUGAAAGAUCCCAAGGAUAUUCCUGGCUUGGCACAUUUCUGUGAGCAUAUGCUGUUCCUUGGGACGAAAAAGUAUCCGGAGGAAAAUGAAUACACAAAGUUUCUGAAUGAGCAUGCUGGGGCCUCCAAUGCAUUCACUUCAAAUGAGCAUACCAACUACUUCUUUGACGUUGGCCCUGAGUAUUUAAAUGGAGCAUUGGACAGGUUUGCCCAGUUUUUCCUAGAGCCUUUGUUCACUGCCACGGCCACUGAACGCGAGAUAAAUGCUGUGAAUUCAGAAAAUGAUAAAAACCUGCAGAAUGACUCGUGGAGGAUUUACCAGCUGGAAAAAUCCCUCUCAAACCCAAGUCAUGAUUACAACAAGUUCGGGACAGGAAACAAGCAUACCCUGGAGACGAGGUCUAAGCAGCUUGGCUAUGAUGUUCGUGAAGAGCUGUUAAAAUUCCAUGACCAGUACUACUCUGCCAACCUUAUGUCGCUUACCAUUCUUGGCAAAGAAAAUCUAGACCAACUAUCGGAGAUGGUGGUACCCCUGUUUUCGGGUGUGGACAACUUAGACUUAUCUAUACCAGAGUGGACUGAACACCCGUACGGCCCGGAGCAGCUGGGGAAUAUGUGUUAUGUGACGCCUGUGAAAGACAUCCGUAAUCUGAACAUCACCUGGUCAAUUCCAGACCUACACAACUACUACAAGACAAACCCUGGUCACUACCUGGGUCACUUGAUCGGCCAUGAAGGCAAGGGAAGUCUGCUCUCUGAGUUGAAGGCUAGAGGUUGGGUGAACACACUGGCGGGAGGACAGCAGGCAGGAGCUCGGGGAUUCAUGUUCUUUAUCGUCAAUGUCGACCUUACAGAGGAGGGGCUAGAACAUGUUGAUGACAUAAUAACACUGACCUACCAAUAUUUGAACAUGCUGAAAAAUGAAGGACCCCGGGAAUGGAUAUUCAAGGAGUGCGCUGACCUGGGUCGAAUGCAGUUCAGGUUCAAGGACAAGGAGAGGCCCAGAAGUUAUACAUCCGCUAUAUCAGGGAUCCUGCAGGACUACCCAAUGAACGAGGUACUAUGUGCCCACUACCUGCAAACAGACUACAAACCAGAGCUCAUUACCAUGGUACUUGAUAAAUUGCUGCCUAGCAAAAUGAGAGUGUCUGUAAUUGCCAAGAAGUUUGAGGGACAGACGGACAAGAAAGAGGAAUGGUAUGGCACCGACUACAAUAUUAAGAAAAUACCGGAUGAAAAAAUCAAGAUGUGGGAGACCUGCGGCGUUAGCGACAAACUUAGCCUGCCAGAAAUCAACGAAUUCAUCCCGACAAAUUUUGAACUGGUUCCCAGAGAAACAGAGCAAUCCAGUGUGCCCAGGAUGAUAAAGGACAGUGGGAUGGCACGACUGUGGUUCAAGCAGGAUAACACAUUCAAACUGCCAAAAGCUUUUGCCAACUUUGAACUUACCAGUCCUCUGGCAUACCUGGACCCUCUACACGCAAACAUGGCGGUGAUGUUUGUGCAGCUGUUCAAAGAUGCGCUUAAUGAGUAUGCGUACAAUGCUGAGAUAGCUGGUCUGAAGUAUAACUUCAAUAGCACUGCCUAUGGUGUGGCUCUGAGUGUGAAAGGCUAUAAUGACAAGCUCGAUGUUCUUCUGAUGAGGGUCUUAGAAAAGAUGGUCACAUUUGAAAUCGACCCAAAACGAUAUGAUAUCAUCAAGGAACUUUAUGGUCGGAGUCUGAGAAAUUUUGAUGCAGAGCAGCCACACCAGCAUGCUGUGUACUUCACAAAUGUUGUCAUGUCCGAACAGCUGUGGACCCAGGAAGAGCUGCUUGAUAGUCUGCAAGAGGUGAGCCUGGAGAAACUGAAGCUGUUCAUACCUCAGCUGUUUUCCAAGAUGUACAUAGAGGGACUGGUGUAUGGAAAUGUCACUAGAAAGAGCUCAUUAGCAAUGUGUGAGAUGUUGGAGGGAAUCCUGCGUGAGAAGGUUGGCACGCGGGAACUCUUACCCAGUCAGAGACGCAGACUCAGGGAAAUACAACUGCCUGAUGGUUGUUACUAUGUGUACCAGAAGACCAAUGGUGUUCACAAGAGUUCCAGUAUUGAGAUCUAUUACCAAGUGGGUCAACAGAAAACCAACACAAACAUGCUCCUGGAGCUGUUUGUACAGAUCAUCAGUGAGCCGUGCUUCAACGUCCUCAGAACUAAGGAACAGCUAGGUUACAUUGUGUUCAGUGGGAUACGUCGUCAGAGUGGUGUACAGGGACUGAGGGUGAUAGUCCAGUCUGAUAAGCCUCCUCAGUAUGUGGAAGGUCGCAUCGAGGCUUUCUUGGAUAGUAUGAAGGAAACAUUGAAGGACAUGAAGGAGGAAGAGUUUCAGAAACAUGUGUCAGCGUUGUCCAUUAAGCGGCUUGAGAAACCAAAGAAGAUGUCCACAGAGUAUGCCAACUACACGUCCGAGAUUGUUUCACAACAGUACAAUUUUGACAGGGAUAAUGUAGAGGUGUCAUUUCUGAAAACCGUCACCAAAGAUGAUCUCUUCAACUUUUAUCAGGACAACAUAGCGGAGUCAGCACCAAGGCGGCACAAGUUGUCCGUCCAUAUCCUAUCUACGGCUCCAAAACCCCAGGGUGAUGGUGAUGCUACUGAUACUGCUGCUGCUACUGAUACAACUGCUGCUGACAAUAGCGAAGAGGCUGGAACACUGUUACAGCCGACCAUUGUAGAAGAUGUGAACGCAUUCAAGCGAGACAUGGGCCUGUUCCCCCUGGCCAAGCCAUACAUUGAUCUACAAAAAGCGCUGUCAAAGUUGUGAUAUUAGCCACUAGUGGAGUCAUACAAAAGUUCAAAAAUUGGGCAUGGUGUUGUUCAAAUAUGAAAAUCAAUGUUGUGUGUUUUACUGUGUUAUAAUCGGGUAAAAAUAUGAUCAACUAUACACAUUUCACAUGACGAAAACAUUUCAUGGUCUUUGAAUUUGUGUGAUUGUAUGGUAGUCCUAUCAUAACAAUGACCAAAGACCAUUUAUCUUUUUAUUGACCUUUUAUGUGCAUUUUAUUACUUAUUGAUCGUCUCUUCAUGAACUGUGUUGAAAAUAAGUUGCUGAUUAAUUGUUAAGAAUUUCAGUAGAAAAGAAAUAUCCCAUAAUUGAAUGUAAAAUAUCCUCUGAAAUUGCUCUUCAUCAUGCCCCAAUUUCUUUAAACUUCUUAAGUCCCUUAUAACAGGAUUAAGCUAAUCUCACUAUUUUUGUUGUUCUAAAAAAUGUGUUAUAUUUACUUCUUCAAGAAUUUUUAGAAAUUAUGUAGGAAUAGUCUGUAUGAUUAUCAAAAUAAACCAUUUUUCAUUCAUCAAAAUCCAUUUUCCGUAUGCAUUUUGGCUAAUUGAAAUAUUAUUAUAAGCGACUUAAGCCUGUUAAGCUUAAGAAGUUUCGAGAAAUUGGGGCAUGAGUCAUGGCAUUCUAGCUUUAGUCUUCAGUGCUUCAAUUCCCUAACUUUGCUUAUUCAUAGUAAUGUCUACUGAAGGUUUUUGUAAUGAAUGAUACAUACAAUUGUAUACAUUAAUGUUAGGUAAGGCCCCUAAAAUUUUACUUUACUCUGUCUGACUGUCUUUCUGUCAACAUAUUUUAUGACUUUUUGUUAAUGAUUAAUCUUUCUUAACUUGCUCACAGUAAUAAUACACUCUUUUGUAACAAGUUAUGUAACAUAUGCUUAAAUAUUGUCAGAUUUAUGGCCCUUUGUUUACUUUAUAAUUAUCAUAUUUUUAUGGUUUUGUUAAUAACUUAUAAAAUGUUCAAAAUGUUGAGUUCAAACUUUCCUUACUUGCUAAAAGUAAUAAUAUGCUAGUUGAUGACAAGUUAUAUAAGUUAUGCCUAAACCUUGUUUCAUCUAUGGCUCUUUGGAAACAUACUAAUAACAAUUUCUUCUUGAAAGUACAUGUACAUGAUGAUUGACAGAUAUAUUCUAGGUUAUGUACUUAAUAACAUGUGUACAAAUUUCACCCCUUUCAAAUAUGCUAUCAUUCAGGCCCUUAUAAAUCCUCUGAUGGCUCUAGUUUGUGCAAGAGUUACUUCAUCAUACAAAAUAUAUAUAUUGAUUACAAACAAUGUUACCUCCCAAAUCAGCAUUUUAAAUCAUACAACUCAUCCAAUACUUGCAUGUUUAUGUUUGCUGUUGUUAAGAUUGUUAAUGACUUUGUUAGUGGUCACUGUAUUAUCAAGGGAACAUGCAGAUGUUCUGUGUAUUCUGAAUGCCAAUGAAAAGGACCAUUUAAAAUUGAUUUCAUGUAAUGUCAUAAUUGAUUUCAUAUUUUCAUGGUAGAUGAUUAAAAUUUUGUACCCAAUACAAGCAGUGUUAUAACUUUCUUGGCUGGCUUAUUUUUAGCUUGACUAUUUAAAGAAUAAGUAGGGCUAUACUACUUGAUUCGGCGGCUGCGACUGGUGAGUUUUAGGGCAAGUUGGCAUUUUCACUUAUAACUCCAAAUACUGUUCAUUCAUUCCAUAGUUGUUUAGACCAAUCACAAAAUUAGGUUCCAUAAUUCCAUAUCAUCUUUGAUGCAAAUUAUGGCCACUAAGUUAAAGUUUUAGGGCACAUUGUGUCAGGUUAAAGUUUAAGGGCAACUUGGCAUUUUCACUUUUAACUCCAAAACAGUUCAUUCAAUAGACUUACACUUAACACAAUUGUUGACAGCCAUCAUACAAUAAGUUACAUAACUCCAUAUUUUCCUAAAUACAAUUUAUGGUCCUUGAUUGACUCAGAAAGUUUGGUCAAGUUUUAAGGCAACUUCGCUUUUUAACUCGGAUCACAAAAUUAAGUUUGUUCAAUGGUCUUCAUACUCCACACAGUUGUUCACAGCUAUCACACCAUUAGGUAGCAUAACUCCAUACAAUCCUUAAUACAAAUUAUGGCCUUUAUCGACUUAGAAGUUUGGUUAAAGUUUUAGGGCAACUUUGGGUUUUAACUCAGAUCUCAAAUUACGUCCAUACCUUAAACAGCGAAUGUGUUCACAGCCAUCACUCAAUUAGAUAUUGUAUCUCAAUAAUUACCUAAAUACAAAAUAUGGCCCUUGAUUGAAUUUUCAUGCCCCUUUUCAAAGAAGAGCCAGUAUAUUGUUUUGCACAUGUCGGUCAGUCAUUUUGUGGUUCAACCAAAACUUGUUCGAGUCAUAACUUGAACUUGCCUGGACCUUUUGGUCCUCAAUAUUGACUUGGACGUUAGGCAUGACAGGAAGAUGACCCAUAUUGAGUUUAUUGCAUCAAAGGUCAAGGUCAAAUUGACCUUAAACGAGAAAAGCUUGUCCAAGUGAUAACUCAUUAAUUCCCGGAUCAAUGGUCCUCAAACUUGACUUAGAGACUGGGCCUGAGCAGUAGAUAAACCCUUUUGAUUUUGCGGUCAUAGGGUCAAAGGUCAAGGUCAAAGUGUUCUUGAACUCGAAAAGCUUGUCAGAGUGAUAACUUGACAUAAAGGUUGUGGGUGUGACCAGAAGAUGAACCCUAUUGGUUUUGAGGUGACAUUGAAUGCGAAAAGCUUGUCCGAGUGAUAACUUGACAAUGCCUAGACCUAUGGUACUCAAACUUACAUAGAGGUUGGACUUGACCAGUAGAUGACCCCUAUUAAUUUUUGGGUCAUCAGGUCCAAAAGUCAAGGUCACAAGGACCUUGAACGCGAAAAGCUUGUCUGAAUGAUAACUUGACAGUGCCUGCACCGAUGGUCCUCAAACUUGACGUGAAAGUUGGGGGUGACCAGUGAUGACCCUUAUUGAUUUGACGUUUUGAGAUCAAAGGUCAAAUGUUGUAUGUGUAUUCCUUGCUCCCAGGAUGAUACAUGUAAAUAUCAGUCAUCUCAACGUGAUUAAGAACUGUACCUGUUAUCCUCCUUUGAAAGAGACCUGGUCAUAAUCUUAAUACUGCCUUGUAGGCAUCCAAUGUGAAAUGACAGAUCAGCUGUUCGACCGAUGCAUAUUUCAUUCAAAAGUCCAAAUAUUUCUGACAACAGUGCGCUCGGUGGGGGGGGGGAUAAUGAAUUAAUUUCUAAGACAAAGUGGCGUAUAGUCGAGAGCGCUCUUGUUGUUCUAGCGUUGUGUUGAAUUAAAAACAGUUGAACUGUCCAAUGCGUCUCUUCUGUGAUUUUGGAUUAUAUUUUUUCAUAUAGCAUUGUUCAGAGCGAAGGAUGAAGAAAAUAAUUAACACAUUUUCAUUUUUUGACUGACCAGGAGUGUUUAGGUAUACAUAUUGUGCUUUUACAUUGGUAUUCGGAAUCUUUUUAAUUCAUGUUUGUAUUCAAAUAUGUUAUAACGUUUUGUUUUGUAAAAUAACUUACAUAGUAUAGUUUUGAUGCGGAAAUAAUUCACAUAAGUCAGUGUAAGAAAUAAAUGGAUCACACCAUU